AUGAGACCGAUUAUGAUGAUGGGACAUGAGCGUUCCAUAACGCAAGUUAAGUACAAUCGUGAGGGAGACCUAAUCUUUAGUUGUGGUAAGGACGCUGUUGCUUCUGUUUGGUAUUCUGUGAAUGGUGAGAGAUUAGGAACACUAGAAGAUGGCCAUAUGGGUAUUCUUUGGUCGAUUGACGUUGAUGAUUUUACAGAAUAUGCCGUAACUGGUGGUGGUGAUGCCGGUGUUGUGAUAUGGAGAGUUAAAGAUGGCUCCAAAGUUCACAAAUGGGAGCUGAGAUCUCCAGUUUUAAGAGUAGAGUUCUCUCCAAAUGGGGACAAACUUUUGGCUGUUUGUGCAGACCUUAUGGGUCAUGUAGGUUCGAUUUGCAUUAUUGAUAUUGCUAGAGACUCUGCCAAUAAAAUUAUCGGUUACGACGAGGAACCUACCGUUGAAAUCUGCACUAUUGAAGGUACUGCUCCAGUGCAAGUGGCAUCCUGGUCCUACGACGGCAAAUACAUCGUGGCGGGCCACAGAGAUGGUAAUAUUACCAAAUACGAUGGCCGCACUGGACAACUUCUUCAAUCUCAAAAGCUCCACAAACAACUCAUUACAGAUAUUCAACUUUCCCUCGACAGAACUUACUUCAUCACCACUUCCAGAGAUUGUUACGCUAAUCUUGUCGAUGUUGAAACCUUUGAAGUUCUUAAAAGCUAUGAAACUGACUGUCCUCUUAACAGUGGCUGUAUUACGCCACUGAAAGACUUUAUUAUAGUAGGUGGUGGUCAAGAUGCUAGGGAAGUUACUACUACCAGUGCCCGUGAAGGUAAAUUUGAGGCGAAAUUCUUCCACAAACUUUUCCAGACCGAGAUAGGCAGAAUCGAUGAUCAUUUUGGUCCCAUUAACUGCAUUGCAGUUUCCCCACAAGGUACUUCUUACGUAUCCGGUGGUGAAGAUGGUUUCAUAAGACUACAUCACUUUGACAAGAAUUACUUUGAUUUUAAAUUCGAUGUCGAAAGGAGUGCUGAUGCACAGAAGAAAGUCGUUGUUCCUUCUGAAAUCAACUGA